UUCCUAAAUCAAUUUCAAUUAAUGCAAUUCAUAAUUUUAUUCCUAAUUUACCAACAAUGUAAUUAAUAUAAAGUAGCUAAAAUGGCUGGUAUCAUUUGGAUCCAUCCGAAUCGUGGUUUACGGUAGUGGCAGAUCCCCGUCCUCCGCCGGCCCAAUGGCGCUCCCGGAUGAACUCCUGGAGGAGAUCUUCCUCCGCCUCCCCGCGGCCGCCGACCUCGCGCGCGCCUCCGCGGCCUGCGUCUCCUUCCGCCGCGUCAUCGCCGGCCAUCCCUUCCUCCGCCGAUUCCGCAUCCUCCACCCGCCGCCCCUCCUGGGCAUCCUUUGCGGCAGGCUCUUCCCCGCCCAGCCGCCCCACCCUUCCGCCGCCGCGGCAGCCACCUACGCCGACGCAGACUUCUCCUGCCCCUUCCUCCCCUCGUCCCCCGGCCGCUGGUGCCGCCGCGACGUCCGCGACGGCCGCGCCCUUUUCAGCCCCCGCCUCAGGGAGGGCAGCGACCCGUUCAACAGCAUGUACAACCCCCGCGACCUGGUCAAGGAGUUCGCCGUAUGCGACCCCCUGCACCGCCGCUACCUCCUGCUGCCUGCCCUCCCCGACCAUCUCGCCGAUCAGGUCCAGCAACCGGACAUCCUGGAAUGCGAGCCCUUCCUUGCUCCUCCCGGCGUCGACGACGAGCACCCGUCAUUCAGAGACUUCAGAGUCAUGUGCUUGGUGCGGUGCACAGCCAAGCUCGUCCUCUUCGUCUUCUCUUCCUGCGCCGGAAGAUGGCUCGCUGAUCCUGUCACCUUCGACAUGUUUGGAUGCGGGGCAUCGCACCGCUACUACGCCCAUGGAUGCUUCUGUUGGCAGGUUUGUUAUGAAGAUGACGCCGAGAUGUUGCUCGUGCUUGACGCGCGCAGGAUGGAGUUCUCCGUCGUCGACCUUCCGCCUCCGUCAGGCCCUUAUAUGCGGCGGGUGGCCACUGUGGAGGCGGGAGAAGGAAGGCUUGGGAUGCUCACUAUCGAUCGAAGCAAACGUGGUGCGCAUCGUCUCUUGUAUGCCGUGCAGUCGUCUAAGGAUGGGAAUGGCACAAACCAGUGGCAAUCCAAGCCCGCGAUCCCUUUGCCGGAAAAUUAUCGCUAUUGCAUCAGGGGUGUAGCUGGUGGACACUUACUCCUAACUGGGCGCCCAGAAAACAACAGGGCAAUAGUAGACUAUUUUUCACUGGAUCUCCAGACUUUGCAGGUUGAGUGGUUCUAUCAGACUGGUGAUUACGUCAUUAUCGGUGACUUGUAUGCCGAUCUCCCACCGUCCUUGUCCCCGCCGACACUUUGAAGUGGACCACUCCAGAGAAAGACGCCAAUAGCAAGGACUCGCAAGCGUGACUGGUGUCAUGUUAAGGAGAACAAAUGCAAGAGCUUUUGAAAGGGGAAAAGUGGUUUGCAUUCGACAACAAUUUCCGGCCAGGGAGAAUAUGAUGCCUCUUUGAGCUGCUGAAGAACAAGAAGCAUACACUGGAUGUCUGUCGCUUCCACCUUGUUUUUCCUGUUGAAGAUUUCAUAUCGUUUCUGCUACUCGUGCAGUGCUUUUCUGCCUGGCAAGAGACUAGACUAGCUUAUUAUGUAUCCACUGCCUGAUUGGCUCACUUAAUUGUAGUGUCCAGCUUCAGUAGUGUCUUUGUUUGAAUUGAAUUUGUUCGCGGCUUUAGUAACCCAAAGUCUGUUUGUGCUGAAUGUAUGGUGGCAUGCUCAUCUCAUGCAAAAAUGCUUUUGUAUGAUGCCAGCACCGAUAGUAAUGCGUCAAUCCAUAUCGAGCUCGUUAUCUAUAGAUGUUCAUA